CUAUACUAGACCGUUAUUCAAAUUGGCAAAUAUGCCGGUUAAAAUGAGACACUUCCCCAAGAUAGUGAAACAUUUUACUCGACCUCCAAGUGUGACUGUGUGAGCGUUAAUACUCCUAGUUACCCAACUGCUAGCCAGAACAAACACAGAUUAUAGCAAUUGUAAAGUUAUCAACCAUGAAAUUUACAGACUCGCCGGUAAUCGAACUUGUCGUCAACAACACUACUCUCUUAAUUCAACAGGACAACAAGACUAUGCACGUCGGCACCUCAGUCUGGCCUGCAUCUCUCGUCCUCGUCAAAUUUGCUGAUCAUUGGUCUCACUUAAACCCUAAAACCCCAAACCCAAACCCUUAUUCCGAUCUCCUAAACUUCAAUGACAAACGCGGCGUCGAACUCGGAACAGGUUGCGGAGUUGCUGGAAUGGGUCUAUAUCUCUUGGGGUUAACCGACGUUUACCUCACCGACAUCGCCGCUGUAAUGCCGGCAUUAAAGCACAACUUGAAGAAGAAUAAACCAGUGUUGAAGAAGUCCUUGAAGACGGCACAAUUGUAUUGGGGUAAUUCCGCACAAAUCACGGCACUUUCGCCGCCUUUUGAUGUUGUGAUUGCUGCUGAUGUUGUAUACUUGGAGAAUACAGUGAGGCCGUUGGUGGAAACUAUGGUGGAAAUGGUGUCGGAAAAUGGUGUCGUAUUGCUUGGGUACCAAUUAAGGUCGCCGGAAGCUGAUAAGCUGUUUUGGGAGGUUUCUGCCGAGGUUUUCGAGAUUGAGAAGGUGCCACAUGAGGAUUUGCAUCCUGAGUAUAAUUAUGAGGAGACUGAUGUUUAUAUAUUCAGGAAAAAGAAGAAUAAUAUUGCAGAUGAAAAUACAGGUAUACAGCCAACGAGGAUGGUAGUUCUUGAUGAAUAGACUGGAGCAUUAGGAGAUCGUUUUGAGGCAGAUAGUAGUUGGAGCCAGGUAUUGGCAGGAACUUUGAUUAGUGAGUUAUUAUUAAUCUCAAAAUAGUCUACUCUCAUCGUACCUAUCUUAAAAACUGUUUCCCCUUUGUGCGCAUAUGAAGGCCAAUCUGGCUCUCCUGUAAAGGAGUUGUACCGGAGUUUGUGAGGAUAUAGGUAUAGUUUAAGUAGUAAUAUAUAAUUAGUUGGGGAGAGGAUUUAUCAUAGAGGAUCCUAUCCUCAAUGGAUGGUAGAGUGGACAUGUACUAUGGUUGAUUGAACAGAAAUAGAGAAAUUCUAUUAAGGUUAUUUAAGAUUUGCCGGGUUUAAGAAUAUAGAAAUACUAGAAGAGCAGAUAUCCUAUUUAUAAUUCUCUAUUUUUGAUGGGUUGUAUUUAGAAUGUUUUCUUUGA